AUGCUGAAGCUAGUGUUGUUCAUCAGCUGCGUCGGUUUUGUGGUGGCCUACGACUUCAAGGAUUCGUUCUACAAUGAGCUGUUGCUGGAGGAUAUGUUGGAUGGCUCGGAGGAAGCAACACUGAUGGGCCGAUUCCGCCGAUCGCCAUCAGGUGACUCGACGGACGACAAGUGCAAGCGUCGCUACAAGUGCUGCAACGAUGCUAACGGAGAGAACAUGGAAAAGAUCCACGAGAUCAAGAAGCAGUGCUUUACGGAGGUGCGCAACAAGAACAAGGCCGAAGGAACUUACGAGCCGGUGGAUAUGUUCUCCUGCGAGCGCCUGAACAAGACCAAAAUGGAAGUGAUCUGCGCCAUGGAGUGUCUUGGACGCAAGAAGGAAAUCGUUGACGACUCCGGCAGUCUGCUCGAGCCGAAGCUGCACGAGUUCGUUAAGGUAAACUUUGCCGCCGACGAAUGGCAGCAGCCGCUGAUCGAUGGCCACAUCAAGACGUGCGUCAAGGAAGCCCGGGAGAAGACGGCCAAGAGUCCGCGGGAGGCUGGCCAAUGCAAUGCGGAAGCGUCCAACUUUGGCUACUGCAUGUGGCGCCAGAUGGCACUGGCCUGCCCGAAGGAGAAGCAGGUGGCAAACAAGCGUUGCGAUCGCAUCCGGGAGCGGUUGGCCAACAAUGAGCCGCUGCACUACUAUAAGGCUGAACUGGAUGACUAA